AUGAACACCAUCAAGAACGUGCCGGCCCGGGUGCUGAGCCGCAGGAGCGGCCACAGCCUGGAGGCGGAGCGGGAGCAGUUUGACAAGACCCAGGCGAUGAGCAUCAGCAAAGCCAUCAACACCCUGGAAGCUCCAGUGAAAGAGAAACACGCCCGCAGAAUUAUCCUAGGGACACAUCAUGAGAAGGGAGCGUUCACGUUUUGGUCCUACGCGAUUGGCCUCCCUUUGCCUAGUAGCGCUAUUCUCAGCUGGAAGUUCUGCCACGUUCUCCACAAAGUCCUCCGAGAUGGGCACCCAAAUGUUCUUCAAGAUUGCCAGAGGUACCGAAGUAACAUUCGAGAAACCGGAGAACUCUGGGGCCACCUGCACGACCGUUACGGCCAGCUUGUCAACAUUUAUACCAAACUUUUGCUCACGAAGAUCAACUUCCACCUCAAGCAUCAUGAAUUUCCCCCCAGCCUCGAAGUGACAGACGAGGUGCUAGAAAAAGCUGCAGGGACGGAUGUGAAUAACAUUUUCCAGCUCACCGUGGAGAUGUUUGACUACAUGGAUUGUGAACUCAAACUGGCAGAGUCAGUUUUCAGGCAGCUCAACACGGCCAUGGCUGUGUCCCAGAUGUCCGCCGUCCAGUGCCGCCUGGCCCCCCUCAUCCAGGUGAUUCAAGACUGCAGCCACCUCUACCAUUACGCCGUCAAGCUGAUGUUCAAGCUCCAUUCGUGCCUGCCAGCUGAUACGCUGCAAGGACAUCGGGACCGGUUCCACGAGCAGUUCCGCAGCCUCAGAAACUUUUUCAACAGAGCAUCAGAUAUGCUGUAUUUCAAGCGUCUCAUCCAGAUCCCGCGGCUGCCAGAGAACCCCCCCAACUUCCUGCGGGCGUCGGCCCUGGCGGAGCACGUGAAGCCCGUGGUGGUGAUUCCCGAGGAAGCCCCUGAGGACGAAGAACCGGAGAACUUGAUUGAGAUCAGCGCAGCCCCACCUGUGGAGCAGCCGGUCGUUUGUGAUAUAUUUGAGCAGACUUUUGGCCCUCCGAAUGGCAUCAGAGAUGACAGGGAUCUCCAAAUAGAGAAUUUAAAGAAAGAGAUUGAUCUGCUUCGAGGAGAGCUGGAGAAGAUCAAACUUGAGGCUCAGAGGUACAUCACGCAGCUGAAGGCUCAGAUCAACAGCCUGGAGGCGGAGGUGGAGGAGCAGCGGAAGCAGAAGCAGAAGGCCCUCGUGGACAACGAGCAGCUCCGGGACGAGCUGGAGAGGCUGCAGAAAGCCAAGCUCGACAACGACAAGAGCAGGAGCCUCUGCCUGGAGGCGGAAAAGAAGGCCAGCGCCACAGAACUCCGCUACACCAAGCUGAAAGAGAAGCACAAUGAGCUGAUCAACACCCAUGCGGAGCUCUUGAGGAAGAAUGCAGACACAGCCAAGCAGCUGACGGUCACCCAGCAAAGCCAAGGGGAAGUGGCCCGGGUGAAGGAGCAGCUAGCCUUCCAGAUGGAGCAAGUGAGACGGGAGUCGGAAAUGAAGCUCGAAGACCAGUCCUUGCAGAUGGAGCAGGUGAAGCGCGACCUGGAAGCCAAGAAAGAGGAGCUGGCUCACCUCCAGCAGUCUCUCAGCCAGUCCAAACAGGUUGGUUCAGACCUCAACUCCCAGCUGGAAGCCCUCCAGGCCGAGAAGGAAGCACUGCGGAAGUCGGUCAGCGAAAAGGAGUGUGAGCUCAUCUCAGCCAAGGGCCUGAUCCAAGAAAAGGAGCUCCUUUUCAACCAGGAAGUGGAGAGGCGGGCCAAGGAAGUCCAGGAGCUGCAGGGCAAGCUCACAGAUAAGAAAAGCCAGGAACAGGCCCUGCAGCAGAAGCUCCUGGACGACCAGUUCAGCAUCCUCCAAGGGACGGUGAAGGAGGCAGAGAACAUCAUACAGGACGCCGUCGCCAAGGUGGACGAUCCCCUCCACAUCCGCUGCACCAGUUCGCCAGAUUACCUCAUCAGCCGCGCCCAGGCCGCUCUGCAGUCGGUGAAUACCGUGGAGGACGGGCACAGCCGUUACCUGGCCAACAUGACAGAUGUCUCUGGACUGGUGGGCGCUUUGGCCCAGUUUGCCCAUCUGACUGCAGACACCAUCGUCAAUGGCAGCGCCACUUCGCACCUGGCACCCACAGACCAUGCAGACAAGCUGACCGAAACCUGCAGGGACUGUGGACGGCGGAGCCUGACCUAUCUGAACCAGCUGAAAGACAAGCAGUCUCUCCGACAGGCAGCUCCGGCGGACGUGAGGAAGACCCUUCAGGAGCUUCUGCACCUGGGACAGGCACUGAGACCCAAAAGCCUAGACAUCCGUCAGGAAGAAUUAGGCGACAUGGUGGAGAAGGAGAUGGCCUCCACCUCAGCAGCGAUUGAAGAUGCGGUCAGGAGGAUAGAGGAAAUGAUGAACCAGGCCAGGAUAGAGAGCUCGGGUGUUAAGUUGGAAGUCAAUGAAAGGAUUUUGAACUCCUGCACAGACUUGAUGAAGGCCAUCCGGCUCCUUGUCUUGACGUCUACGCACUUGCAGAAGGAGAUUGUGGAAAGCGGAAGGGGGGCAGCAACCACACAGGAAUUUUACGCGAAAAACUCCCGCUGGACGGAGGGUCUGAUCUCCGCCUCGAAGGCCGUCGGAUGGGGAGCGACUCAGCUCGUAGAGUCUGCAGACAGAGUCGUCCUCCACACGGGCAAAUACGAGGAACUGAUUGUCUGUUCGCACGAGAUUGCGGCCAGCACGGCUCAGCUGGUAGCGGCUUCCAAGGUGAAAGCGGAUAAGAACAGCAGAAACCUGAGCAAGCUGCAGGAAUGCUCGCGCACCGUCAACGAGAUGGCUGCCAACGUCGUGGCGUCCACCAAGUCAGGCCAAGAGCAGGUCGAAGAGAGAGACACCAUGGAUUUCUCUGGGAUGUCCUUGAUAAAACUCAAGAAGGAGGAAAUGGAGUCACAGGUAAAAGUGCUGGAGCUGGAAAAGACCCUGGAGAACGAGAGGCUGCGGCUCGGAGAGCUCCGGCGGCAGCAUUAUGCCCUGGCUGGCAUCUGCGCGGAGAACACCGACGAAGGGAAGCCCGCUGUGGCACGCAAGCCCGGCGCCUUGAAGAAGCCACCUGUGGCCCAGAAACCUGCCCACCCCAGGCAAGGCCCUGAGCUGGAAGAGGCAGAUGGUGUGUACCAGGCCCAGCUUGUGAACUUCUAAGCGGUACUCCCUUGCACCUGGAAGGAGGACAGCAGCAGAACAACAAACCCAGGGCUGUUGUAGGGUUCAUCUUCUACCCGUCUUGAUCCUUCCUGCUGGCCCGGGGGAUUGGGGGACCGUGUCCCAUUGUGCAGUUUGCAGUAACUUAAUUCAUAGAUUUCUGGUGGAGGGCAAAGACUUCUCAGGCACCAAUUUGCCUCUUGAUGGGGGGGGGAGUGCGCUCAGGAAAGCCCCCCCCUGCGGUGUAGACAUUCCAAAGCCAUUACAUGUCUGUGUUUUAAACAGAUGCCGAUCGGAUUAACCCUCAAGCUGCCUUCUGUCUGGCCUUGGCCUUGAUGCUGAAAUUUCUCUGUCCUCUGCCCGAGACGAGAAGGCAUCCCGGACCGGGUGCAGCUGACUAAUCUCUAGUCCAGGAAUCUCUUUCUUGCAGUGGUGUCAGGCUACUGGUUAGCUGAGGGCGUUGUAAGUGAAAAGGGGAGGCCUUCAUCAGAUAAGUCCUCUUAUUUAUAAGCAAUAGGAAGUUUUUUUGGAGUAAACGUUGGUGUAUCUAUUACUGUAGUACAAAGAUCUUUUUAAGCAAUGUGAAUUUUUAUUUUUUUUUUAAGUAGGCAAGGUUAUUUUGUAGUGUCCGUGCUGCAAGCUAAUAGGAGAAUUUUCAAGAGGAAGAGACGUUCUUUCCCAUUGUCGGUUUUAUAUGUGUAAAAGAAAUUGGGUAUAUAUAUAUAUAUAUAUAUA